AUGGUUGCGUGGGCGUGGUUUCCGGUCGUCGGUCUGUUGCUGGCAGCAGCGACCGGCCAGGAACCUAAAACACGAGAUGAGAUUCGACCGCAGGUGUCGGCGACGAAGCAAGAACUGGUCAACUCCAUCAGGCUACCGGGACAAUUGCAGUCGCCGCGACCGUCCGAGAAUCUGUCGGGCAUUAUCGCGCCGAGCAAAAGAAACCAGAAGAAACGACAGCUAGCCGAUCUCGGACUAGCCUUCCCGCAGCCAUUGUUACCGCUAAAUGGCCAAACUCCACCUUCGUUUCUCGAGACAACGUUUGGAGCGGGUCUCGGUGCUAACAUCAUUCCACGAAUUCCUCCGCAACCGAAGCAUAUUAUCACACGCAUAACCGAGACUUCGCCGCCGGUUGAUCACGUCAUCGUGACUCCGUCGGUUGUUGAAUCGCAACGUAGAAUUCACAAUUUUGACAGAUCGUUCCACCAUAGAUCUCAUUCUUUCCACUAUAAACAUGGGCAUCAUCAUGGACAUCAUCACGAUAAUCAUCACGAUCAUCAAUCGCAUCAUGAUCACCAUGCUAAACACGGCCAUCAUCACGGACACAAGCACCAUCAUGGUCAUGAGCAUAAGCACGAUCAUGAACAUCACGAAGAGCAUAAACAUCAUCAUGGUCACCAUCAUCACCAUGGACAUCUUCACGAGCAUAAACAUCAUGGAGAGCACAAACACGAGCAUGGACAUCACCACCACUCGAAGCAUGAACACCAUGAGGAACACAAGCAUCAUUCUGAGCAUCACCAUCAUCAUAAGCAUCAUCAUCAUAACGAGCAUCACCAUCACCACGAUCAUCACCAUGUUAAUGAGCAUCAUCAUCAUCACAGUCAUAAGGAAACUGAGAAACAUCAUCAUCACCAUGGACACGAACACAAAGAGCAUCAUAAACAUGAGCACAAGGAAGAACAUAAGCAUCAGCACGGACACGAACAUAAACAUGGCCAUCACGAAGAACAUCACCAUGGUCAUUAUGAGGAGCAUCACCACAAACACGGACACGACCAUAAACACGGUCAUCACGAGGAUCAUAAGCAUCAUCAUCAUGAAGACCAUCACCACAAGCACGACCAUGAACAUAAACACGGUCACAAGGAAGACCAUCACCAUGGUCACCAUGAGAAUCAUCAUCACGCUCAUCAUCAAGAUCAUAAACAUCAUCAUCACGAGGCCCAUAAGCAUGAUCACCAUCAUAAAGAAGAGCAUAAACAUAGCCAUGAUCAUGGCCAUGAUCAUGGCCAUCACGAGAAGCACCAUCACCAUGAGCAUCAUAAGCAUCACGAGGACCAUCACCAUCAUAUGCUUAAAAAUCACGAUCAUGGGCAUUACAAAAGCUUCGGUCAUCACUUCGAAUCUCCGCCUAUUCAUGAAUUCAUACUUACGGAAGAAAGCGCACCGAUUUCGGUGGCACCGCCCAAAGAUGUUCUAAAGAUCACGAAAUCACCGAAAGUGAGGGGGUCUUUGGAACACAAGAAAAUUGUGCGAAUGUAACGUAUAAAUUAUAACACGACAUAAACACGACAGGGUUACUUAAAAGCAGAGUGAAUAAAAUGAAUUAUUUAUAAACAAUAUAGAUCAAGAAAAAUGUUUUAAAAAAUAUUUAAUAAUGUAGAAAAGAUUUUACUUAAGUUUGGAGUUUUG